CCACACCCCUCUUCCGCUUGGUGUUGGUUUACAGAAAAUACUUAUUUACACGAAGUUACUUGCAUUUAUAAGAGCUUAAUUGCGAAAAAUACACUUUAAAGUGUACUCACGAGAGGAAUCUUAUUUUGUUAAAAAGAAGAUAUUCAAUUAAGAAGCAUUAUGUUGCGAAAUCUCGCGAACUGUGGGGUAAAAGCCACAAAAAUAUUUAGAGGCCAAAAUGGCCCCCAACUUCAGAAAAUCACAAAAAGUUUGUGGAAAGUUGAAGGAGCUCAAUCCAGAUUUCUUGCUACAGAAACAAGUGCUACUGAUGACGAUCCAGAUUUUUUUGAAAUGGUCGAAGCAUUCUUCGAUCGUGCAGCAAAUUUGGUUGAGGACAAGCUUGUUGAAGAAAUGAAGGCAAGAAUACCUCCUGAAGAAAAGCGCAAGAAAGUUCAAGGAAUCUUGAAACUAAUAAAGCCUUGUAAUCAUAUUCUAGCGAUUUCAUUUCCAAUUAAGAGGGACAGUGGAGAAUAUGAGAUUAUUUAUGGAUGGAGAGCACAACACAGUCAACACAGAACACCUUGUAAAGGAGGUAUUCGUUAUAGCUUAGAUGUAAAUGAAGAUGAGGUCAAGGCACUGGCUGCUUUGAUGACGUUUAAAUGUGCGACAGUAGAUGUUCCAUUUGGGGGUGCCAAAGCUGGGCUUAGGAUUGACCCAAGGGCUUAUUCUGAAAAUGAGCUAGAGAAAAUAACAAGACGUUUUACAGUUGAACUUGCAAAGAAAGGAUUCAUAGGGCCAGGUAUAGAUGUCCCUGCACCCGACAUGGGCACAGGAGAAACUGUUAUGAGUUGGAUUGCUGACACCUUUGCAAACACGCUAGGGAGCGGGAACAUCAAUGCGUACGCCUGUGUAACGGGUAAGCCUAUUACUCAGGGAGGAAUCCAUGGCAGAGUGUCCGCAACAGGGAGAGGAGUCUACCAUGGUAUCUACAACUUCAUCAAUGAGGCCAGUUAUAUGAGUUUGAUUGGACUAACACCAGGCUUUGGAGACAAAACUGCAGUAAUUCAGGGAUUUGGUAAUGUAGGUCUUCACACCAUGCGAUAUUUGCAUCGUGCUGGUUGCCGCGUCAUCGGAAUCAAAGAGAUUGACUGCCAGCUGUAUAACCCAGAAGGCAUUGACCCAAAGGAACUGGAAAACUACAAAAUUGAAAAUGGCACGUGUCGAGGUUUCCCAGGAGCAGAAGAGUAUGACGGGGACUUGCUAUUCUCCAAAUGUGACAUCCUGGUACCUGCUGCCAGCGAGAAACAACUGACAGCUGCCAACGCACACAAAGUCCAAGCUAAGAUCAUAGCAGAGGGCGCCAAUGGUCCCACCACAAUUGCAGCAGAUAAAAUCUUCAUUGAGAAUGAAGUUCUCGUUAUUCCAGAUCUGUACCUUAACGCUGGUGGUGUAACUGUAUCAUACUUUGAAUGGCUAAAGAAUCUGAACCACGUUAGUUAUGGAAGGCUGACAUUCAAAUAUGAGAAGGACUCCAACUACCAUUUAUUAGAGAGUGUGCAACAUUCAUUGGAGCGUAAGUUUGGCAAAGCAGGAGGAAGAAUACCUAUCACCCCUAGUGAGGCAUUCGAGAACAGAAUUUCUGGAGCAUCUGAGAAAGAUAUAGUCCACUCAGGUCUAGAAUAUACCAUGGAAAGAUCAUCAAGGGCUAUUAUGCGGACUGCUAUGAAAUACAACUUAGGCCUAGAUCUCCGUACUGCAGCCUACAUUAACGCCCUUGAGAAGAUCUUUAAGGUGUACAGUGAGGCUGGCCUAACAUUCACAUAAAUAUAGAGACUUUAGGAAAUAUUUAUAUUAUGCAGUUUGGGGACUCAUGUUAACCUAGCAAUGAAGAAAUUUAAAUUAAGGUGGAUCGAGUGUGUUGUUUAUCUCUAUGCAAACCUACAUGUAAUAGGUUAAUUAAUGAAAUUAUUUGUUGUUCUCAACCUACCUUAAGCAAAAUACCUUGAAAACAGGAAUUUGUUACUUGUUGGCGUAUUAUUAGAUCAAGUUUUUAAGAAAAUUGUGAAGUCAAAAUGAUGGACAAUUAUGUUUCUCCAUGGCCAUGUGAACAUGUCUUUUAUACUGCUAGUGUAUUAAGCGUACGAAUGGAUUAAAUUAUAGUUGAGAAAGGUGUAAAAUUUGAUUGAAAUUGAAAUAUUGUUCUUUUUUUCAGUCAGAAUAUAAACACAUCAAAAA